AUCCUGCGUUCUUCAUCUGUGAUUGAUUUUCAUAGAAGAAAAAACUAAGCAAGCACAAAAAUGGCAAGCAACCAAAACCAGAAUUUGAGUCACAAGGCUGGCGAGUUGACUGGUCAAGCUCAGGUUAAGAAGGAUGAGCUUCUAAACCAGGCAUCGGGUGCAGCUCAGUCCGCCCAAAACAAGGUAUCAAAUUUAUCUCAAUCUGCCCAAAACAAGGCAUCUGAUGCAUCUCAGUCUGUCCAGAACAAGGCAUCUGAUGAAUCUCCUACUGACAUCAAGGACCAAGCCACCCACCUCCUUCAACAGACAAGUGAGCAAGUGAGAAACAUGGCUCAAGGAGCAGCUGAUGCAGUCAAGAAUACUUUGGGAAUGAAUAACCCUAACGACCCAAGCAACCAAAACAAUACCCCAAGCAACCCAAGCACUAGGAUUUGAAGAUAGUCCUCUUUCUUCAACGCUUGCUUUGCCUUCAGUUUCAACUAAAGUUCCUAUGACCUGCGGUCAUGGCGAUUAGCUAGCCAUCCUAUCUCUGUGGAAAUGGCUAUAUGUUUUGUUUUCUGUCAGAUGCAAAAGAUUGUAUUUUUAUUCCCUUGUUUUUUCUUUUUGGUAAAUAAAAGAAGAAAUCCUUAUGUGCCCUUGUUAAUUAACAGUGUCGUGCAAAUGAAUUAAUAC